AUGAGCGGGGCCCAGUGUGUUGCCAUCGCGUGUGACUUGAGACUCGGAUCCAAUAACUUCACAACAGUGAGUACAAAUUUUACAAAAAUAUUCAAAAUGAACGAUCAUGUAUAUGUAGGUUUAAGUGGCCUUGCUACAGAUAUUCAAACAUUGUAUGAACUGUUAAGAUAUAGGACAAAUUUAUAUGAAAUAAGACAAGAGACACAAAUGGACAUAGACUGCUUCUCAAAUAUGUUAUCAAGUAUACUAUACUCUAACCGAUUUUCUCCCUAUUUUGUGAAUCCAAUUGUUGUUGGGUUCAGAGUCAAACAUACCAUUGAUGAUAACGGAAAUAAAUCUUGUAUAUAUGAGCCUUAUCUUAAUGCGUACGAUUUCAUUGGUGCCAAAUGUGAAACGAAUGAUUUUGUUGUUAAUGGGGUUACAAGUGAACAGUUAUAUGGGAUGUGUGAAUCUUUGUACAUAAAGGAUCAGGAUGAAGAUGGACUAUUCGAGACAAUUUCUCAGUGUUUAUUAAGUGCUUUAGAUAGAGAUUGCUUAUCUGGAUGGGGAGCCGAAGUUUAUGUUUUAACUCCUCAUAAUAUUAUGAAAAAGAAAUUAAAAGCAAGAAUGGACUAA